GUUUUCGAGCCUGCGCUCCCGUCAGACUGCCCCGACUGCUCUACCUGUGUCGCGAUCGUCGUUACUUGAUUUCCUGUGUUGUAGUAUACUGUUUUAGUACUUACUGCUUUCUGCGCGUUGUGUGACGAACCAUUUUCGUGUUACAGUCAGACGGAGACGAAAGACGGGAGUGAGAGUAGCAGCAGCUACAGAACGCACGCCACAACCACGGACGUAACACUGUUUACACAAAGCGGGCGUGAGACUUCGUUUACAUUUGGCCGUUGCUGCGAAGAUGUCCGGUACAGUGAACAGUGCGUGCAAAGCUGGCGCAGCGACCCGAAAUCGCCGGCGAUGAGCCCGGAAACACUGCGAGCGGAACGCUUUGAAAUUCGUGCAGCUGUGCGUCUCGUCGCGCGUGUGUUGAGUGAUCGCAGGGGAGAAGCGCUGCCCUCGUCGAUUUGUUGCUGCUGUCGCCGCGCCUACAUGGAACAGCUGUGCACUAUUGCAGCGCAUUAAUUUCAUAUACGUCGGCGCCAGAACCUGGUGUCAACCAUGGAAGCACUGAUCUGCUUUGUGGUGGCCACUUUUGUGUUCCUGCUGCUCUUUGACCACUACUGCCACGAGGAGAGCCAGCAGGAACGCACCCCAGCCACCGUGCGGGACGUCGUGGACGAUGGCACGAUGCCUGCGGCCAAGAGUCGUUACUACUCGACCAGCCUGUUCGCGAUCCUUGGUCUGUCGCGCGAGGAAGUGCACGACUUUGCUGCUUUCCGUGACCGCUUCAGCACCUUCUCCGAAGUCAGCACGGCCAUGCGACGGGCAGGGCUUCCCGACAUCCACGUCAUUGUGGGCGUCGACUUCUCGGCCAGCAAUGAGUGGCAGGGCAGGCGGACGUUUCGUGGUGAGAGCCUGCACGCCCUGAAGCCAGGUGCACAGAACCCCUACCAGAGGGCGCUGGCUUCCCUGGGUGCUGCAGUGGGGCCCCUGCUGCAUGGGAACCCCAUCCCGGCCUAUGGCUUUGGGGACUCUGUCACCAAGGAUGCGGACAUAUUUCCCCUCAUUGAGUCAGGCGCCUCGUGCCUGGACUUCAACGACCUCAUGUGUGCCUACACACACACUGCCCACAAGGUGCAGCUGUCAGGCCCGACGAGCUUUGCACCCCUGGUGCAGAAGGCGCAGCAAAUCGCCGUCGACAGCCGUGAGUUCCAUGUGCUGCUUGUUCUGACGGACGGACAGUUCAGCCCUGCAGGCGAGGCAGCUUCCAGGAAGGCCAUCAUCGCAGCCUCACAGGUGGCGCCGCUCUCACUGGUAGUAGUUGUGCUGGGAGACGGCCCGUGCGGAGCACUGGUGCGCUGGGACGAUGGUGUCCCUGAGCGCCGUUUCGACAACCUACAGGUGGUGCGGCAUGCCGAGGUGACGCGUGGGUGCCGACAUCCGGACGCCGCACUGGCCCUGCACGCGCUGAUGGAGGUGCCCGACCAAUACCGUGCAGCCGUGCAGCUGGGUCUGCUGAAAGGUGGCAUGUCGCCAUGAUUGUGCACUCCUCGCUUUUUCUUCAAGGAAGAGGAACAUAAGAUGGCACCUUCACUGUGGCCAAAAAGCCACUGCUUGUGUCUGUGCCAAGGGUAUUGAAAGUGGAAGCUGUUAAAGACACUUUUCACAAUCGUCUGGAAGUGGCUUGCUAACACGUUACAGAAACCCAAGUGAAUCCAUGCCCAAGCAGAUGGUGUAGACUAGCUGCAGAGCCUGAUGUCACAAAGGUGUGACGAUGCUGGCACAGUAUUCCAUGCAGGCAAAAAAAAGACGAAAAAGAGUCUCGACAAACUCUAAUGGCCUGAAGUUUCUCCGGUGCCACGAUUAAAAGAAACAUGGCUGAAUUUUCAAGAGAUGCUUGACAAAGGUCAUGUUCAAAGCAACAAUCAACGAGGAAGCAGGAAAGUGUCAGCAUGGUCUUCUGCUCCUUUUGUCUGCACUGUGCCCAUUUUGUUAACGAACAUGCAGCUUUUAUAUAUUUUAAUAGCAGCACAAAUGUUUCAUUCCAGCCAAGAAGAGAAGUGAUGCCCGUUAGCUUCAAGGCACAGACAGGACUGGACUGAUUAAUCACUCUAGUGCAAGAGCAUAGCCCAACAGUGUCUUAAGCAGAACCCACUGUAAGAGUUGACAUUUUUGUUUCUCAGACUUUACUAGUAACUGUACGAGAAACAGUGUGCACGUGUUUAUGCCUUCUUUUGGAGAUGCUGUCCUGGACACAGCAGCUGUGCUUUAUUUUUAUUUUUAACUACUGUUACCACUGGCAGUGUGGCUAUUGUAAGCUGGAGCUUCCUACACUGUGAGCAGCACCGGAACAUGCAGCUUAGAAGGAAGCACAUUCCGUUAAAAUGUGCCAGGCAUCUGCAAUGCCAUCUGUCAUCGCUUGUCUAGAGGUACACAAGUAGCCUAGACUCUCGAGACCACCUCUUGACUGUCAUGGGUAAAUACUAUUCGCAGGACAGUUGACUAUUCUGAAAUUCCGCCGCAGGUGUCAUUACUGCCACUUACGUUAUACAUGGUGCCAAUUGUUGUCAGUCUUCUUCACCUUUCUCUUCAACGCUCCCUGUACUUUACCGUCAGCAGUGCCACGUGAGCAUCCCAUAUCGUUUCUGAUAAAUGAGGAGCAGGUGCACAGCAUCAAAAAUUAAACAUUAAAAAAAAGGGGGGGGGGAUGAGGGGAGGGCAUGAAAGAUUGACAACAACUAUUGUUUCAUGGCAAUAUCGUAUUUUAAAGGGUGCACAAUUUUACAAAGCAGAUCGCACGUUUGUUGUGGCCAUUACUAUAGGAAUUACUGCAUUGCAGCCGCUUCACAUGUUAACUGACAUUAAUCAGCAGCACUCUGUCCUUGCAUACCACAAAAUGCCGUGCCAUUGCCCACCCAACAUUUACAGGUAUUCUUGAGAAAAAGGGGAGGGGGGUGGAGAGGGAGGCAGGUGCUUGCCCUGUUGCAGGGCUCAAAAUAUUUGCUGGAUCUUGGCACUGAAGCCAAUGUUCAAUUGCAGCCAGUUGGCAUGUCUACAAUAUUGCUCACUGCUCAAUGCACCUAAGAGUGAAAACAAAGCAUAAAUCUCACAGUUGAACACACUUCAGAACAUUAUCAAGGAAUGCUUAAAUAUCAGAUGUUACUAGCACUUCUGCUUUGUUGCAGAAGCCAUUAAAUAAGUCUUGUGGUUUGUAACAAAAUGUUAAAUUCUUGCACACACGAGAAAGGUUACGUUAUUGACGAUUGCCUUGUCACUGCCUUCAAAUUAAGGGUUUGGCUUGCCAUAUCUCAUUUUGCGAUUUCGACAACUUGUCAGAUUGGGUGUUACGUACUUGCUGUGUAAAGAAAUGGUGUUUAAAAUUGUCUAGAUGCGUGGCAUGGGUGCUUAUUCAAUUGUUGACACUUUCUAAUAUUUUAAAUUGCGCAUGUAUCACAACAGCAUGGUGGUAGUGCUUUCAUGAUGCUACGUUUUCCAGGUUCAGAUCUGGAGAGCUCUGCUUUGUGGAAUAGGUUUGUGAAUGAGGAAAGGCAACAUCUCAGAACGAGAAAGGCAACAUAUGGAACGAUGCAAAGCAAAGUGAUGUGCGUGCUGGACAGUUACAUUCUUUCACAGAUUCAUAGUGACAGGAUGUCUGUGGUGCAUAUGAAAGACAUUGCCAGGAACCAAAUGAGACAGAAGUUCUGAGGAAGAUGUAGGGUUGAAGCUAUUAGAAGUGCUUGAACAAGGAAUGUUCAAAGGAAGUGUACACACUCACAAUGUCAUAUAGGUGCCUUUUGGCAGGCCAAAGUCAAUAUUAAGACUGGUUGGCAAGUAGUCAAUAAUCUCAUAGUAAAUGUUUCGACGAAAGUUCAUCCGGUCAAAUAGCAUGAUGAUGGAAGAAGUUGCAGUAACUGACCAAGUCAAGGUUAAAAACACAAUAUGUUUUCGAGCCUGUAAGAGUUCUGUUUCAGAGCCUGUAUGAGCCCGUACGGGCUCCUUAUCUUAGGAACCUGUAUGGGUUGCUUUUUCACCCUGACUUUGUCAGUGACCGCAACUACUUCAUCAAAGACCAAGUCCCUUUGUUGAAACAUUCACUCCCGAGAAAUCCCUUCUUCAACCACUAUUGACUACUUGCCAAGAACCAAUCUUGAUCCCGACUUUGGCCCCUUCAAGUGGUAUCUCGAUGACUCUCUACCCGUCCAAUGGUAGCGUUGAGUCUCUUAAGCGGAAGCUGACAUUGUGCUGUUCUUUGUGUCAUUGGUGCAUGCCAAAAGUGUGCCUCAGUCGUUGGUCAGGGUCAGGCUUGCUGGAGAGGAAUGUAAAAGCACAUUUUUUCUAGUCAUCAGGCAGUUUUUAUUUUGCCUCAUUUGUGCAAGGCAAGUGUGGAAUAUCAUAUAACAUUACUGUGUGAUAAGAUCUGCAGAGAAGGGUGAGGCAUUGUGCGACUUUGCCAAUACUGAGCACAUGUUGCUCUCGCUGCCAUCUCUGGAGAAUGGUGUGUUUACCCCUAGCAUCCCUGCAUUAACAUUUGCUGUGAGAAUUGCUUAAUGUGCAGCACAGGUAAGUUACUAGUCAGAGACGGUUGAAGUCUUCGUCAAAAGUUCCUGGGCCACCUACGUAUAACGAGAAUGAAGUUUAUACCAUGUAGCCCGUCCUCCAUUCAAUGCCCAAAAGAAACGACACCCUCUCUUCUCUCCACACUCGGAGUGCAGAAGUGUUGCGGCAGCAUUGCCACACAGCCCAAAGGCACACCCUGGGAACUUCUUGCCAAGACUGUACAUGCAGGAAUAGAUCCAUCCAGGUUAGCAGAGAUCACCAGUUCAAAUAGUGUGUGGUGACAUUUGGACUAGUAGCAUUUCUCUUUCUCAUUAUUGAGCAAGUUGAAGGCUUGCUUUUUUUUUUCCCCUCAGUAUUGGGACUUGCCUUAGUGCGUGUAAGCACGGGAAAAUUGUUGACCGAUGGCCUUCGCCUGAUGUGUGCCUCAUAGCAUUGCCUGAAAUUGUAGCAAGUUGAGUGCAGCAUUCCCUGUAAGCCACAAGGUGGCAUAUCCUGACACCAGUUUCUCAAUUACCACGGAGAAGCGACUUUGAAGGAAGCACUCCUUGUGUGUUGCAUCUGCCUGGCAUUGUGUUCUUGAUUUCGAUGAUGUCACAAUCAGUGUACAACGAUUGCCUAGGCUGGAGAACUAGAUGCAGCAAGUGGACUGGCGCAUUUCCCAUCGCCGUUAUUCUCACAUUGCAUAGUUCCCGGGCUCAUCAACAGGAUGUCCAUUGCUCUGGUGGGCUGUUCCACUAGACAUUACAGUGUGCAGAUGCAAAAAUGAACAUGUUCCUGAUGAUGAUUGACCGAGAAUGCAGCAUCUGUAAAACAAAUGAUGUGCUCUUGCGUAAAAAAGAAUGUUAUUGUUCUUAGACCACAAGUGGUGCAGCUAGUUUGAACAGUCGCAAGUUUUUUGUUGUUUGUAUGCUGCUGUUGUGCUUGCUAACCUCGCCAUUUGCAGAAGUAUUUAAAAGCGGCACUUGAUAAAUGAAAAUGCUAGGCCUACCACAGCUUGUUGAUUGUGCCUAUGAAACAGCUACAGGAUCAUUUAUAGAUGCCAGAAAAUUAUGUAUACGUGAAACACAGGUGGUAGAGUCACUUUAGAAGCUUAUAUAUGUGUGGCUUUAUGACACUGACUUAGUUCAGCUUUUUCUCUGGUGUUUCGGAUGCAUGUGUUUCUGUUGAGCUGGACAUGAGCCAUGCUUAAGUUACUUGAGGCACAGUGUUUACUUAGAGCAGCUUUGGAUUUUCAAAGUUUUGCUAUUGUUGACUGUAGUAUACAGAGUUGUUUAGUGCUAGGUGACUAUCGAUACAUUGUCAUCAAAUAUGUCAUUUUGGCUGUCCAGCACAGGUGCUGUGAAUGUCUGCAGGUACGUUUAGAUUGUGUUAUGCUUCUAUAGUUUUAUGCCAGACAGACCAUUUUCAUCCAGGUGGUAUAACCAGCAUUUCAGGUGCAAUUUAAGAGCUGAAGGGGCCUUGCAACACUUUUUAAAAAACGCUAAGAAAUGUGUCUGGUGCUAUUAAUCAAAGGGCAUCACCUCACAAAUCUUUCAAACAAAAUGUUCCCAUUCUUUAAUAUUAGUGUCUAGAAUUAACCGAGCUACGGGCAAUUGGGUGUUGUCUUCGUCACAUUUUUAGAGCAUUUUCUUCCCUUUUGCCAUUCCUAUUAAGCUGGAGGUUUACAGUAAAGACAGCCCAGAGCGUGAUGAUGUCAUGCUCUGCCCAGUCAUACACAUCAUCAUGCUAAACUUUCUUACUGAUGCAUUCCAUUACAACACACGAUUACAACUGUGGCAGUGCUUGUGGGGACAGUGACAGCUUCCCAUAAUAGCUUCCCGAUAAUGAUGAUCAUCAUGUUAUAAUGUCCCUAAAAUAAAAUUUAUUCGAAGCUGGAAGCAAGAAAUAAAUAAACCACUGCAAACAAAAGUUUUGAGCCUGGCACAUUCCGCCUCUGGAAAUUGACAUGUCAACCAAAUCACUACAAAAAUCUUGUUUACUUCUUUAUUGCAGAGAAGCAAGAAAGCGCUACCUUUAGUGCAAAUCAAAGCCCAACGUCAACUAUCGCACAAAGAUGAGCGCGAGUCAAAAAUGAGAAACCAAUCAAAGUAUUGCUAUAGUUGGUGACAAACUAAAAAUUCAGUGUCAAAUACACUGCAGUUUAACUCGUCUUUUUUAUAGAUGCACCGGCGAAUUACUUUCACUUGGUUCUGUGAUGUCACUGUGGAGGCAAACUUAUUUUAAUGUAUCUGCGCUAGUAUUGGUGUCUCCUGGGAACUGUGGUGCGCAUAGACAGAGCACAGAUGCAGUGCGGUUUUGUGGACAGAGCCUGCGCAGGACUCUUAAAUUGUAACCGAGUAUAAGGUCCACUUGCAUGUCCCACGUAUGUAAGCAUUCUGCAUCUUGAAAUAGAGGUGUUCAGGCAAUUGUGUGCAGUGCAUUCUUUUAAGGGAGACUAUGUGAACUAUUAGAGAGUUUUAGCUUGUCUGCAAACUCCUUAACAGUUGCAGAAUAACAGGUUAUCGUAGCCGUGUAUGGCAGCAACAGCAACAAUGCUAGUAGCGACAUCUUGUGACACAGGGUCAAACUGGAGAGCACGCAAAGAUAAUACUGCAGUGACCUACUAUUUUCUACUUGCUGGUGUAAAGCACUGGCAGCAACAUAAUCAUUAACGUGCAGUCUUUUAGGGGCGAAGCACCUUAGGGCCGAGCCUAGUGGCCCACGUAGUCUGUAUCUCUGGUUUGCAUGUAUACUGUGUAUACCAGAGCGUGUACAUGUGUACUGCACACAUGUACAGUAUAUAUAUGUAUAUGUACAGUAUAUGUACGCCAAGCUCCAGCUUCCGGAAGCCGGCUUCUGGUUCCGGCUUCCGGAGAAUGCUUCCGGCGUCUGGCCCGAAUGAUCCCCCAGUGCUUCGCCCACUCAUCAUCAUUCACUUCGUAGAUAUGCGGUAAUUUUUUUUAUGAAUUUCCUUCACUGAGAACACUCACCCAAUACAAAAAUGUUUCGAACACAUUGUAGUUGUACAAAGCACCACAAGAUAUCGCUACCAGCUCUGCUAAUGCCAUCCACGGCUUCGAUAAUCCGGUAAUUUGUAAGCUGUCAUACAUUUACGGACAAGUUAAGACUUCCUAAUGAGAAAAAUAAAGGGUGGAGCGGGCCUUGCAUCCCAUCGAUGAAGUGCUAAGAGCAGAAAUGGUUAAGGGGGCACCAUUUGUCGUGCGUGCAACAUUGCAAAAUGCGCUGAGGUAAAAAGUUAAGCAAACCUGGCAGCACAAAUUGAAAUGCAGGCACCAAAAAACUGAUAGCAGAGACAAAAGUGCAAUGUGGUAUAUUAAAACUUGCACGAGAAAGAAGCCGUGGUUUUUUAAAGCUUCGAACAAACCCAAACUUCUCAUGGAUGGUGACGAGAAGAUACCAGGUCAGAUGGUGCUUCGAAUGUUUUUUUUUUUUUGCAACUGAUACAGUGUUAAACAAUGCCAGUCUUACUGCACGUAACACUGCACUCACUAUCACUGUGGCUGGUUCAUACUUCAAACAAAACUGCGAUUUCAUUUUGUUUUGUCAGGCCUUGCCCCGUUCGUCUGUAGUAUUUCAGCUAUCGAAUAAAGCAGCCAAUUACUUUCUGUAAGCACUGUAGUCUACACACAUUUCUGACAGUUUAUUCACUCACUCACAGGCAAAAAUUCUGUGCAGUCAUUAAAAGCGUGUACUAACCGAAUAGAACGCAUAAGGCAUUGUGGUGAGAAAAUACCAUACGAGAGUAGCGGUUGACUGCUCAAAACCAUGCAUAAACAGCUUUGCAGUAAAUUUAGGAGGGCAGCCGUUACUGUGCAAAGAUUACAGCUUUGGAAUUAAGUAUCUGUCAUAGUGGUUCUAAAGUGCAUGCUUAGAAUUUGCCAGCACAACUGAAAAUGGAAAAUGCACAAGAGGACAGGUGGAAAGUAAAACCCUAUCAAAGGCUGUGGCAGAGAGGGAGGAGAUGACUCGACGAUCGUCGCUCUAGAGGAAACAAGCAUUGUAUUGCACUCUCUUAUUGCACUUUUUGAGUUGGUGGAUAUUUUUAUAAUCUUCAUUUAGCCAUGAGUGGCAUGAAGCAAAUGUGGCACUGAUGAAGACAUUUUAACAGCGAAGCUGUUUAAGCCAGCCGUAAUUUGUGGUUCGUAUCAAGAAACUGCCACGCCGUAGCCAUGGCAACCAGGAGGGCAGAGGAGGGCUGCGUGGCGCAUGCGCACAUGGUCUCCUCCUUGCCAGCUCCCUCCCUUCCUGACCCCCGCCUCUCUCCUCUCUGCGGCGCUCUGAGCCGGCCAGAAGAAAAAAAAAAGGCAAAAGCUUGCACUAGGCCGUGCAAAGCUCAAGACACAGCGAAGCUGGCCGAUUCAUAUCGAGCGGCUAGCCUCCAACGCAUUCGGCGUCGGCAAGCAACAGCGUUCUUGGCACUGUGCCAACCUUGGUUAGCCUGCCUGCGUUUGUGGCAUGCCAGGAACGCUGUGGCUCGUAGGCACUGACGCGUCCAGCAGUAGUCACGCGAAAUGUCGCGAAAGGGAAGAUACCUCCGAAAAUGAUCGCUCUAGAAUACCUUCCCUAAAUGCGUAGUUAAGUUAUACCAAGUUAAGACCUAGCAGCAACCAAGUUAUUACCUAGCAGUAGCAGCCAGUAAGACUUGAGGAUCUACCGUGUCGCUGUGCCUAAGUUUUGCACGACCGAGUGCAAACUUGCCCUUUUUUUUUUCUUGUCAGAGGUGCUGAUUAGGCACAUCUGGAGAAAUUUGGCCAAGCCCAACAUUCAGAAUGUUUCCCAGGGUGUCAUAAUAAACUUCAGAAAUGGCAGGAAAUUUGAGAAGUUACAGGCAAUGGUGGAUGCUCUUUUGAAUGAUGUUGAGGAGGGGUGCGCGAACAUUCUAUAUUCUAUAGAUACGAAUAUCAAAUAGUAUUUGCUAUUCGUAUUCAACUUGAGAAUUCAGUAUUUGAAAUUGCUGAACAUCUGUUUUUGUUUCAAUAAAACAAAUAAAAAUGCUUAUUGGAGUCUUGGGGAAGAGAGUCCAACGCAAGCGAGAAUUGUUCCGAAUGAUUCUAGUGGAGGACAGCAACAGAUUCUGUACAGAGGUAUGGAGCAGCCAACUUCUGUGCAACUUCCAGUCAAGCUAUAAUAAUGUCUUUCCCUUAGGCAGCCCAUGAAUAUUUAGGCAAAGCAAUUUUUCAUUUUUCCAACCUUGUCCCAGUUGCAUUUCUUUUAGCUGAUGUGCAGUGCUGUAGUAUAUUACACAUAAUUCCAUCAGUAAACUCAACACUCUAUGUGCUUGUGGUGGUGUGCUGGUGCUUUGUUUUAUUGAUUUAAUGGUGCAUCAGAGAAUUGAAAAAAGUUGUUUAUCAUUUACGAGGUCCUUGGUUGACCGGAUGCCCAGUUGUAGACAGCAUUACAUGCAUGUAUCGAAUAAUGUGAAUAAGCCCUUUUACCAGAUGGUAAAAGAUGACUCCAGCCAAACUUUCUCCUUGACUUCGCUUAGAAGUGAGAAGAUAUUUGGUAUUUGAUUAGAUAUUCAAAGUUCGUUUUUUUAUGUUUGUAACUGAUUCGAUUAAGAAAAUGCUAUAAUUCGAAACCCCCCGAUUUUGUGGGUUCCCUGAUGCACGUGAGGCAAUGACAUUUGGCUCAGGCAUGGCCUAUAGCCACUGGGCAUUGUUGCAGGGCCCCUUUAAACUGGGGAGCCAAGAUGAUAUUUCUAUGGAAGUAGCUGUAUGUGAAACAUAACAUAUGUGUUUUGUGAGCAUCAUGGAUGCAUAUAAUGUACUAUGUGCAGCAGUGUCAACAUUCUUGUUGUGUACUAUGUUGCAUGUUGACAUGAUUCAUUGAGAAAUCUUGUUAAUCUGCGUGUUGUAAUGCUACGGCUACCACUGGUCAAGCAUCUAGUUUGCUGAACACGAGUUUUAAGGCUGUUAUAAGAAUUGUUCACUGCCUUGCGUGAUAUUUUAUGCCUACUUUUGAUGUACUGUAUAUUUACUUUUGUUUGGGCAAAAAAUUGACAUUUACUUUUGUAGUGUACAUAGUGCAUGCCAAUGUCAGCAAGCCCUUAUGUUCACUUUGAAAUUUGAGCUAUUAUUCAUUUCUUGCAGAAAAGGCUGCCGCUUGCUGCUGCUGUUUCACGCGUCUAGGUAUAUACUGUAUUUAGAGCUUGGGCCUGUUGCCUCGGGUACAAAUAAACUUGCAGAUGCAAUGUA